AUGGUGGCCUCGGCGGUUUUCGUCACCGAUUUGCAAGGUAAAGCAAUCAUCAGCCGAGAUUACAGAGGCGAUGUUCCUCUCGCCAGAGCAAUAGACCAGUUCCAAAAUUACUUGGCUAAUGUAGAUGAAGAGGCAAAGAAGCCUGUCUUUCACAUCGACAGCAAUGGGGAAAUCUCAGUCGGCGAGGAAGUUGGUGCCAAUGGAGUUGGGGGUGAACAUUUUGUCUACGUUGCUCAUCAAAAUGUCUAUUUGUGUGCGGUGACAACAAAGAACUCCAAUGUUGCAUUGAUUCUGACGUUUCUAUUCCGUCUCGCGCAAGUGUUCAAGGAUUACUUUGGAUCAUUGGAAGAGGAAUCGAUAAGGGAUAACUUUGUCGUCAUUUAUGAAUUGCUAGAUGAGACUAUGGACCACGGAAUGCCUCAAUCGUUGGAUAGUAAUAUUUUGCGAACAUUCAUUACUCAAGAUGCCAACCGCAUGGCUGAGAAUUCCAACAGCAAACCUCCUGUUGCUUUGACCAAUGCUGUAUCCUGGAGAGCGGAGGGUAUCAAACAUAAGAAGAAUGAAAUUUUCUUGGAUGUUGUGGAAAAGCUUAAUCUUUUGGUGGCCGCAAACGGCUCAGUUUUGCAUUCGGAAAUCAACGGAGCUGUCAAGAUGAGGUCAUUCUUGUCUGGAAUGCCUGAAUUGAAACUUGGAUUGAACGAUAAGCUAAUGUUUGAGGCCACAGGAAGGUCAAACCAAGCUAAAGGAAAAUCAGUUGAAUUGGAGGAUAUCAAGUUCCACCAGUGCGUCAGACUUGCCCGAUUUGAAAAUGACAGAACAAUUUCCUUUAUUCCCCCGGAUGGUGAAUUCGAUCUAAUGACGUAUCGACUGAAUACACAAGUCAAGCCUUUGAUCUGGGUCGAAGCUGUUGUGGAGCCACACAAGGGAUCCAGAAUUGAAUACAUGAUCAAGACGCGGUCAAAUUUCAAGUCGCGAAGUGUUGCCAACAAUGUGGAGAUUAUCAUUCCAGUGCCACCAGAUGUCGACAGCCCAUCCUUCAAAUCCAGUGUUGGUAGUGUUACAUACUUACCAGACAAGGACGCAAUCGUUUGGAAUAUCAAACAAUUUCAUGGCGGAAGAGAAUACCUCAUGCGGGCACACUUUGGAUUGCCCUCUAUUAGCCGAAGAGAUGAUGCCGACGAUGGCAAGAAGAAGGGAGAAAAUUCAUGGAAGGCUCCCAUUCGUGUCAAGUUCGAAAUUCCAUAUUUCACAGUCAGUGGAAUACAAGUACGAUAUCUCAAGAUUAUUGAAAAGAGUGGGUACCAAGCUUUGCCGUGGGUGCGAUACAUUACUGCCCAUGGUGACUACCAACUGAGAAUGGCAUAG